AUGCCAUACGACGAGGCGGAUCUCCAAUGGCUCAGAGAGGCGCGGCAUAGUCUGUACACGCUCAACGUGAAGGAGAAGGAGCAAUCCAAACAGCUGAGGGACUUGACCAACGAGCUCAAUGAGCACUAUCAGUCGACUUCCAGAAAGGGAAAGGACAAGAGCACCAGUGCGAGCGACGAUCUCGGAACCGACAUUUCCGCUACUACUUCGAUCAAAGAGGAGCCGAGCAGCAACGAAGGCAACGAAGGCAAGCAAAAGUACAUCGCAGAAGUGAAGAAACGUGCCAGGAAGGUCAAAGAGGAGCUCGAGGCAACACGCAAGCAGCAAGACGAGCUUCGUUCACGAAGCGCGGAAGUGCGCCUGUCCUGGCCCAACCAGUGCCACCCGGAUGUCCCGCUCGGCCCCGAGCAGAAUGCGGUGUUGGUCUCUGUUCAAGACUCCCUCAAUAUCCUCCCCAAGGAAUUUGACCUGGUGAAGGAGCCGUGGAACAAGUCAGUGAUGCAAGCCAAAGACUUCCCCGACGGACCCGAGGCAGAUCCGAAACGCGAACAUCUUUCACUAGCGGCCACCGCCAGCGGAGCAGAGGUGGAUACGGUCUCAGGAUUGUUGACCACCGGAAGCUCGUGGCCGUAUCUGCUGGGAAGCAUCAGCUUGCUCGAGCAUGCCUUGUCGCAAUACGCCAUGUCGAUCGUGGUUCGCAAAGGAUUCUUGGCCGUUUCACCGCCCGAUGUCGUUCGAGCUGAUCUCGCGGAUCGAUGUGGAUUCCGCCCGAGGGACGAGAAGGCCAAGCAAACCUACUUUCUCGAGCCGACCAAAAGCAACAGCUCGGAUGACUCGGCAGAUCUCUGCCUGGCCGCCACAGCCGAGAUCCCGCUCGCCGGUUUGCUCGCAGGUCGUCAACUCGACGCUUCCAACAAGGGGGGCAAGCCAUCCUCUCCGGCCAGUGGUGCAUCCUCCUUGAUCCAAACGUCAGAGCUACCCAUCAAGCUUGCAGCGCUUGGGCAUGCCUUCCGUGCCGAAGCCGGCGCACGUGGAGCAGACACGCGUGGACUUUACCGUGUGCAUCAGUUCAGCAAAAUCGAGAUGUUUGUCGCCACAGAAGGCGACCUGCAAGCGAGUGAUGCCAUGCUCGAAGAGCUACGCACCAUCCAGGAGGAGGUGAUCGGUGGGCUCGGUCUGCCGUACCGUGUGCUGGACAUGCCCACAGAAGAGCUCGGAGCGAGUGCAUAUCGCAAGUACGACAUCGAGGUGUGGAUGCCGGGACGAGGAUCGUGGGGUGAGGUCUCUUCAGCUUCGAACUGCACGACCUAUCAAGCGCGAAGGCUGCGCAUCCAAAUCAGGAAUGCAGGAACAAACGCGAACGAUGUGAACGAUCCGGAACAUCCUACCGUGCAUACGCUCAAUGCCACGGCAGCCGCGAUCCCGCGUCUCAUCGUGGCUAUCCUCGAGAACCACGGCGUGGAGAAUGGCAAACUGGUGCUGCCUGAUACGCUCAAGCCCUUCUGGCUGGCGGGCGACAAAGAUCCCAACGUCACGUGGCUGUAUACGGGAAAAGCUAGCGCUGGCUCGCAGUCGAGCCUGAAGCGGGCGAUGACGCGCAUUCGCUCGAUCGCAAAGAGGAACGGCACGGAUGCGCCGACCAUGAUGGCCUCUUUCCUGGUCUUGCACGAGCUCACUGCCAUCAUCCCGUUGGCGAUCCUCUUCUACGUAUUUGGCGCGCUCGGCGUUGGGACAGCCGUCUUGCAGUGGCUUCUCGGCGACGCGGACGCCGCAGCUUCGCAGAGCGAGGCCGACUCGCAACCGCUGCUGUCUCGCUUUCGGGCUUGGGCACGUCUGAAGGAGCAGCGCUUCGAGCGGUACUGUCGAAAGAAGGGCUACCUCGGCUUCGAAAAGCAGGACAUCGAGUCGAUCAAUGCAGCCAAUGACCUCGGCGACUCGAGACGCUUUGCAGGCUCGUUUGCCAACAUGGUCGCGGCCUAUAUUCUGGUCAAGGCGCUGCUUCCAAUCCGCAUCGGUGCUUCGGUGGCGCUAGCGGGACCGUUCUCGCGUACCGUUCUCGAGCCUCUCAAGAGGCUGUUGCUCCGUCGCUCACCUGCGAAGACUUGCGUCUCCCCGUCGUGA